AUGGCUGCUGAGGGCUGCAAGGAGCUGCAGCUGAGGCAGUGGAUAAGAGAGAGGCAAGGGGAGCUGCUGCCUCUCUUGGCUUCAGGGGCACUCUGGAGGCAGCCCUGGCUGGCAUACAGCAUCAAGGAGGAGAGGCCUGUUGGGCAGUACCCGGUACCCAAGAAGGACAUGCUGUAUGAUAUCGUGGAGGUCAUGGAAGAAGUAGAGAAAAAGACUGGAUUCCUGCCCAAGGUGUUCAAAGCUAUGUCUCACAGACCUGCUGAAUUUGGAGCUUUUUUUGCUUACUACAAUGCCAUUAUGAACAAAGACACAGGGCAGCUCAGCAAGGCAGACAAAGAACUCGUAAUUGUGGCUACAAGCAUUGUAAACAGAUGUCCCUACUGUGUGAUUGCACAUGGAGCACUGCAUUGGAUCUACUCCAAGCAGCCAGCGCUGGCUGACUAGGUCACUGUGAACUGGAAGCUGGCUGACCUGAGUGGCCGGGAGCUGGCUAUGCUGGAGUUUGCUCUCGCUGUCUGCCAUGCUGACGUCACUGAAGAGCAUUUCCAGAAGCUGGAGAGGCAUAGGUUUGGCCAUGAAGAUGCCUGGGACAUAGGCAUGAUUUCUGCUUUCUUUGCCAUGUCUAAUUGCAUAGCUCACUUCAUUGACCUGCACCCAAACAAGGUGUUCUACACUAUGGGCAGGAUGCCACAUGGGGAGAAGGAUGAAUCUGAGUGCACCUGA